AUGGCUCCGCCACCGGUGGAUCGCAGCGGCGGCGGCGAAUCGACGGCCGGUGAUGCGGCGAGAUCUCUUCCGACGCCGUUUUUGACUAAAACUUAUCAGCUUGUAGAAGACCACGCCAUUGAUGAAGUCAUCUCCUGGAACGAAGACGGAUCUGCUUUCAUCGUUUGGAAUCCGACAGAGUUUGCUCGAGAUUUGCUGCCUAAGUAUUUUAAGCACAACAAUUUCUCCAGUUUCGUCCGGCAGCUCAACACUUACGGAUUCAGAAAAGUCGUACCUGAUCGGUGGGAAUUUUCAAAUGAAUGCUUUCGGAGAGGCGAGAAAAAGCUUCUCUGCGAUAUUCAUCGCCGGAAAGUUUUGACGGCGGCGCCGGUCGCGGUGGCUACUCAAGCUGCUAUAGCGGUAACGGUGCAGCCGUGUCCAGCUCUGCCGCUGAGAACGGUGUCUCCAUCGGACUCCGGCGAGGAACAGGUAAUUUCUUCCUCCAAUUCCCUCACCGCCGUACCGGAGUUCAGCGGCACCACCGUGGAGCUAAUCGGAGAAAACGAGAGGCUGAGAAAAGAAAACGUGCAGCUCAACAAGGAAUUGACUCAAAUGAAAAGCCUAUGCAGCAAUAUAUACUCUCUAAUGUCCAAUUACGCAACCUCCGCCACCGCCGCCGGUGAAGACCGCCAAAUCCGCAGCUGCAAAUUAAAUCUACAGGAAAACAUCCUGAAGCCGCUGGAUCUGUUACCGAUGACGAGAUUCUGCGAAGAGUUGCAGAAAUCCGGCGCCGCCGCGUCUGGCGAAGCCAGCAACAUCAGAUCAGCAGCGGAGGAGAUGACGGCGAGACUGUUCGGAGUUCCGCUGUGCCUGAAGCGCGGCCGGGAAGGCGACGGCGGCGCCGGUUGCUCUGAAUCGGAGAUGGAUUUGCAGCUGCAGCAGCCGGGAGGCGAGAUUAAAUCUGAGCCGAUGGAUGAAGAUAACGUAGAUGAAGAUCAACGGUCAUCGUGGUUCGAUCGGAGCAGCUCUAGAAAUCAAAGGGUGUGCAAUUGACGCACGUACGGUGGGGAUUAAUGUAGGCGAUUAAAACCAGGGGGAAAUGGAAUGUGUGUAGAACAGUGUAGAAGGCUGUGCGGGGGCGGCAGAAAGGUAGUCUGGAACUUGACACGUGCGAGGCUGGGACACGUGUCACGACAGCCUUUUUUCCUAUAGGCGUCCUUUCACGAAGGUUCUUAAUUUAAGUGGAGCGUGUUGUCGUUUUUUAUUUAUUUUUAUUUUUAAGUUUUAAAUUGUUCGAAGUGGGAAUAAUAUUUAUACCGCGCAUUAUAAUUGUA